AUGUCACAAACCGGUAGCACCAGUGGUGACAUGGGCGCUGGAAACAGCAAAAUGCGAGGUCCAACCUCGCCGGGUGGUCAACCGACCAAGCAACCCCGUAGCUCGAAAAAAUCUAGCGAAAUAAGCGACCUCAUUGGAUGGAUUGAUCACACAAUCAUCCAAGAGAAGGACAAAAAGAGAAUAGGUAUACAAACGGCAGAAAAACUGCUUGUGAACAUAAACAAAUUAAGAACGGCAACCGCGACCCUAGCUCAUGAAAACAGCAGACUCGCUGGGGAGGUGGAGGGCAAAGACGAAGCCCUUCAACAAAGCCUCACGAUAUUCAUAGAGAAACUGGACACAAAGAACGCUGAAGCCAGUAGUCUGAAAACGGAACUGGACGCGUUAAAGACCACCUCAGCGGUACCACGCCUAACUGUAGCACAACAGUCGACGUACGCAGCUAAGGCAGCAAAGACACCGGCAAGUUCAUUAGCCGCGCCUAAAACUGCAAAAGCACCCCCGGCUAAGUCAAAGAAGGCGGCCGAGAGGGAGCAACUGAACAAAAGCAGACAAGUCAAAGCGACAUCUCGGUUCGUCGUGGAGAUACCGCAGGAUAUGUCAGUGGCAGACGCGAAGGCGGGAGUCUGGCAAGCGGUCAGGUCGAGGAAUAGCAAGCCCAAGGCUAAGACCAUCGUAAGCGGCCGAUCGCUUAUAAUAAUUCCAGACGACUCCAACACGUUGGAGGUGAUAAGAGGCAUCAGCAAUAUUAUAGAAUUAGGCCCGAAAAAGCCUCGAGUCAUAAUCCAUGACGUCGAGGGCGGAAUCAGUCAAGAGGAACUGACAGAGUGUUUGCUAGCGCAGAACGAGGAACUUGGCUUAACUGCAGAGGAUAUGGGCAACUCAAGACCACUCCACAAGCUGGGUCCGCGGGACAGUGAUGUGGUCCAUUGGGUCAUGGAAGUCCCGCCAAGUGUUCUCUCAAAAAUAGAAAACAAAGCACUAUACAUUGGCAUGACGAGAUGCAGAUGUAAGUUACACGGCAGUUUACCGCAGUGCUACAACUGCCAGCAAUAUGGCCACACAGCUAAAAGAUGUGAGCAGACAGCGCCAACUUGCAGACGGUGUGCAGGCGCACAUGAUUCUCGCACAUGCAGCAAUGAGUUAAUUAAAUGCGCUAAUUGCAAUGCAAAGGGCCUCAUAAGGCUUCUAGCGCAGCGUGCAAAGCAAAGAGCCAGGCUAAGAGAAGCCUGCUCAGGCGCACGGACUUUGGCCCCAAUGAGUAACAUCAUCAGAGUGUUACAAGUCAACAUGAAUAACCAGCUAAUAGUGUCUGAACAAAUCAGGGACCGAUGCAUAGCCGAGCACAUAGAUCUGGUCCUGGUACAAGUGCCACAUACAAACGAAAACGGCACAGUGGUAAACUUUGAAACGUGCCAGCAGGUAUCGCGCACAGAAAAUCCCGGGGCGUCGAUUAUAGUAACCAGCAAUAGGAUCAGGUGCAUAAAUAUAGAGCAGCACACCUCUAAAUACGUUGCUACGGCUAAAAUAAGCUUUGACGGCAGAGAAGAAUCUAGCGUAAUCGUGGUAUCGGCCUAUUUUAAAUACGACAAGCCCACCACCGAUUUCACGGAAAUUAUACGCUCCAUAGCCCAACAGCAAAGAACCUUGCUAAUAUGUGCGGAUUGCAACGGCCACUCGUUAAGGUGGCAAAACCAUGACACGAAUGCCAGAGGCAGAAUCGUAGAGGAGAUGAUAGAUGAUCUGGAUCUUUGCAUAUUGAACAUCCCAGGCCCAAUUCCGACCUAUGAGCGGGCACAAAUGGGCUCGUCCAACAUAGACCUUACCCUUGUAACGGCAAACCUCGAUGGAAAGAUCAGAAACUGGGCAGUUUCUAACGACACAGAUAGUGAUCACAACACAAUCAGCUUCGAACUACGCGUGAGUAGGCCUACUCCUAGUGAGGACCCAAAAGACUCCUUCAAUACGAGAAAGGCUGACUGGCAAAAAUUUCAAAAUAAUCUGGCACUAAACCAAAUGCCCAUUGAUGGUGAUGUGCAUACGCAAGCUGAGGCGCUCACAAACAUCAUCAGGUCAGCCGCACUUGAAUCAAUUCCACUGAAAAAGCGAAGGGAAAACCGGGUCACACUUUCCCCUUGGUGGAACACUGACUUAGCACACUCUAAGAGAGCCCUCAACCUCGCCAGGCGCAAUAACAGUCCAGACUACGCUACCCUACGUAACAGUCACUUAAGGUUGAUAAAAUCGGCAAAAAUGACUGCUUGGCGAGCCUACAGCGAUGGCAUCAACACCGGCAUCUGGGGAAGAGCUUUCAACUGGGCCAAGAAAGGCCCCGGGCCAAGAAAAGGGCCAUCCACCCUUAAAGACAAAAAUGGACACUUCACCAGCAGUACAGAAGAUACAAUAAACGUUCUCUUAGACGCUUUCAUCCCGAACGACAGCACACCAUCCAUACUGGCUUUGGUACCCGAUGAUGGGCGACCCGUGACACUGGCCACGCACGGCGAAAUUAAGGAAGCCAUAUGGAAAUUGAAACCAAACAAAGCACCUGGCAAAGAUGGCAUUACGGGUGGCAUUCUUCGUAAGGCAUGGCCGAUGAUUUUCGAAAGGGUCACAGAUCUCUUCAACCUAUGCCUGCGAACAGAGACUUUCCCGACACCCUGGAAAGAAGCCAGACUGGUAAUAAUACCAAAAUCAGGAAAGAAGGAUAGGACCACCGCGGGAGCUUACAGGCCGAUAAGCUUACUACCCACACUUGGUAAAGCACUAGAGUCCCUUAUCAUAAAUCGCCUGGCCACAGAAACCGAUGUUGACUCUGUAGGCGAACAGCAUGGAUACGUCAGUAACAGGUCAACGGUAACGGCAAUCAAAGCAGCAUACGAAUGGGUGGACCACUGCCCGAACAGACACAUAACUGGAGCUUUCUUAGACAUUACAGGGGCGUUUGACCACGUCAGCUGGGACCCCCUUCUCGAAGCGGCAAGGGACCUUGGUGCCUCAGGCAAGGUCAGAAACUUACUAGGAAGUUACCUCAAAGGACGGACCGCCAGCCUCGAGAUAAACGGCAUAACACGGCGAAAAGAAAUGGAAAGGGGCUGCCCGCAAGGAUCGCGUCUAGGACCGAUGCUGUGGAAGCUCGCAAUGGUAGGCGCUUUCUGCGAGGACCCGGCCACAUCCAAGACUGUGGCGUACGCAGACGACCGGGGGCGCACGGAUCCCGACCGUAACAAAACGACUGGAAAGGAAUCUGGACUCACUAAUCGAGUGGUCCAAGAAGUUCGGGCUUACCUUCUCCACCACAAAAUGCGAGGCGAUGACCCUGAAAGGCGGCAAAAAGACCCCUUACAGCAUUGGUUUAGGUUCGGAUCCAAACGCCGGGAGAAUAGAAGGGAAAGACGCAGUCAAGUACCUAGGCAUCACAAUUGA